AUGACAGAAAACUCUCAGGAUCAACCUGAUUCCACACGGAAACCUUUGACGGAACGUCUUAAAAAUUUAAUUCCUUCGGUUAAAAAGAUUGUAUACUCAACAUGUUCGGUCUAUGCACAGGAGAAUGAACAUGUGGUUAAACGUGCACUGGAGCAGACAAAUAUAUUUGAGUUGGCCGAUAAGAAGGAUGUGAUGCCUUCAUGGCCAAGGCGUGGUAUUGCAAGCGAAAUGAGUGAUAAUGAAGAGGCAGCCGGAAAACUUGUGCGGUCAAUUCCAGAUGAGGAUUACACCAACGGAUUUUUCGUAGCUUGUUUUAUUCGAAAACCGAUUCAAGAUGGGGAUGGCGAGAGAAAUGGCAGGAAUGCAAUGGCUAACAACGUCAUAAAGAAAUCCAAGAAGAGGAAAAGGA